AUGUAUUCUGAUGUAGCCACAGAAUUAACCAUAUUAGAUAAAUUGGCAGUAAUUUUCUUUCUUUCUUCAUUUGAAAGGGCUCUUCUAAAACAUCAGUUAUGGUCAGAAGGAUCAGUUGACCAAAGCCAAGAGGAUGAAAAUAAAGAAUUUGUUGAUCCUCUCCCUGCAAAACUGCAAGAAACUGUGCUAAUUCGUCUGAAAUCAGAUGGAGUUUUGUGUAUUUUCAUUGGAGUGAUGAUAUUUGCCGUUCAUGUCAGUACAGUAUUUACAGUGUUACAGCCGUACGUUGAGACAGGUUUCCAGCUAUUAGCAGUAGGGUUUGGGGUGACGCUACACUACUUUCUACCCCAGCUCAGGAAACAAAUGCCUUGGUUGUGUUGCACUCGCCCUAUCCUAAGGGCGUAUGAAUACCACCAAUUUGAAAUUCAAGAUGCUGCGAAGAUCAUGUGGUUUGAAAAACUUCAGGUGUGGAUGAGAUUUUUGGAAAAGAAUCUGAUCUAUCCUGUAGUUUUUCUUAGUGCCUUAACUACAGAUUCACCACGAAUUAUUGCCAAUUUUGGCCUGCCGGGUGGCUCAUUAGUGGUGGUAGUUUGUAGUCUACAUUGUGUUCGUAGUGCCUUUUGUGACUCUUCCCAUCACUAUAUAGUCCUCAUCGUCACCAUCCUGUUCUUUAAAUUUGACUACAGGGGUCCGAAUGAACCUUUUCUUCUAAAUUUUUUUGUCACAUCAUUUUUUUACAGAAAGUUUUUUGAGUUCCUAGAGGUUUUUACUGAGUCACGAAUUGCUGUGUUUGUACCUACAGUUUUUUGA